AUGAAGAAGGCGCCACGAAUCACCGAUCGCCAUAGAGAGGCUCGACUCGACUUUGCAAAGAUGAACAUAAGGAGAGCGCAAAGUCGUCUUUUCGGAUUAAAAGAAAUUCAACCUGCGAAAACAAGUACAUACUACUGGGGUGACCUGAGAAAGGAACUAGCCUUCUUUGGCCGUCGCAAUUUCGGUGGAGGAAGUCUUAUGGUGCAUUCUGCAAUGAUGUCGUGUUGGAUCUAG